CUUAAAUAUAGAUUUUUUUUCUAUAGUAGAUCUUUUAGAAUCAGUUAGUUUGAUCUGUUGAAUCUUUCAUUAAAUGACUGACUGACUGACUUAUAAAUAAUGUUUGCUAGUCCUUUCAAGCCUCAGCCAGUGUGAAAACUACUAUGUUUGGGCAUUUACAAGCACCAAUAUCACUGUCAAUAGAAUAAUGAUUUACCAUAGAAAUAUAUGGUAGAGCAUCAUAUUGCCAACAUUCAGAAUUGAACAUCUUCAGAUAUCAGAACUAUAUCUGUGAACUUGGGCCUAAGACUUGUGUAUUGCACAUCUAGUUGGUGCUCUCUGGUUGAUGCAUCCAUGCACACAUGUACAUGGUACAUUGUGAAAGACAUCCAUCAUAACUGGUCACUUAACCCCUUUUUUAGUCUUAAAUAUUAUAUUUUUGCAAGAUAUCUGCCUUAAUUAAACUUUUUUUUUUCAAAUGCAAGUUUCUCAGGUAAUUUUUUCAUGGUUGAUUAAUCAGUGGGUGGGCAGAAUGAUUAAUAGAAUAAUAGGCAUCUGUGUACACGUUCAAAUGACAAGAUACCGACAGGGGGCAGUGGGUAUGAAGCAAAUCUUUUUCAAUCAAUAAGUGAGCCAAACCAGACAUGCUACGAGCUAGCCCCACUUACUGGAGAUACACAUUCUGACACAUCCAGUCAGCGGACGGUUCAUCCGUCCACAAUUAUCAAACCCUAACGCUAAUCUUUUCAAUGUGUACUAUUAUGACAAUAGGCUAUUUAUAAAAUGAAAGAAAGAAAUCAACAAUUAUAGCACAAAAGUCAACUUCGGUCCCCAGAAAUGAUCAAUCAGUUGUUCAAUUAUGACCCAUCCCUACUUAUUUCACAAAUUCUCUGUAAUUGCAUCAAUUUUCUUGAUACCAGUGAAGAAAUGUGCCCAAUUCUGUCUUGUGUCUGUCACGGCCCUGGCCGUGCCUCCAAUUAUUCAUUCAUUCAUUCUUUCUCUCUCUCUCUCUCUCUCUCUCUCUCUCUCUCUCUCUCUCUCUCUCUCUCUCUCUCUCUCUCUCUCUCUCUCUCUCUCUCUCUCUCUCUCUCUCUCUCUCUCUCUCGUCACCUUGUCAUGGUGGAGACGCUUGCGUGGUCCUGAGAUUCUGAGAGCAAUGCCGUCUGGCGCUAUGGUUCUGGUAGGGUCACCCAUGGCAGCAAGGUCAAGGUGGAGUUGCCUGUCAAAGAGUAAUCCAACCAAGACCUCAAUGGUGGAACAGGUGGAGGAUGAUGGCUGAAUUUAGGGAAGCAUCACAACAGCUGGGAAAGUGGAUGAAGGCUGCAGCAGAAAUGGGCCCCAGUCAUCUUGGACUCCAUGCCACUGGAUCCUGACCCAGAUCUGUCAAGGACCGUGUGGUGGCUGUCUGUGCACCAGUCUACCCAUGUUAAAACAAAGUCACGCACAGGUGUUCUCCAUAAAGGGAAUCCACCCUAACAUCCCGGAUUAAGUCCUAAGCUGACCGACAAGUGGCUACAGGGGCAGGAGUGUGAGACCUGGAAGCCCCUAGUAAUAAGCCGGCACAUCAGGCGGUGGUUGCUAGGUUCAGCUGCUGGGCUCUUGGAACGAGGUAGAAAGAGCCCUUCGGUUGCUGCACCCACGACUGAGUAACCCUCAUUUGGAUCCUCUCUGCUCACCCCACCUGGGGAAGGGGCUAGAAAAGGUGCCCUAAAAAUAGCCUGCCUUAAACCUCCUGACUGGAUUAUCGCAUCCAGAGGGAUCACCACAUGCAGUCAGAAACAUAGAAACAUGAACUUUGGAGCCUGGAAUCUGCACACUGAUGGAUAGUGCAACCAGUGACAGACCGGAGAGGAGAAACGCAAUCAUCACUAGAGAACUGAAGAGAUGCCGGAUUGACAUAGCUGCCCUUUCUGAAACCUGACAGGCAGACAAAGGACAACUGAAGGAGGAGAAGGAUGGCUACACUUUCUUCUGGAAAGGAAAAGCUGCUGAUUAGCCCAGGAUCCAUGGCGUUGGAUUUGCAUCAGGAACCAGAUCAUCAGCCACCUUUCUGAACUUCCUGUUGGGAUCAGUGAGUGUCUCAUGCUUUUCUAGUGCUUGCCAACAAUCAGAUGGCAACAGUGCCUAUGCCUCUACUUUAGACUCUAAAGAGGAAGUAAAAGAGACCUUCUAUGCCUGCUUAGACGAGGCCCUGUCAAGACUCCCCAAGGAGGAUAAGAUUAUUCUCCUAGGAGACUUCAACACAUUUGGAAGGGAACUAUAUGAAAGGAAGGCAUCGGGAACAUCAGCUCCAAUGGCGUUCUGCUUCUUAGCAAAUGUGCUCAGUACGACUUCACCAUCACUAACUGUUUCGCCAGAAUUUUUUUUUUAAGGCAUCUUGGAGACACCCCCUCUCCAAACAGUGGCAUCUCCUUGACUAUGCCAUUGUACGAACCAGGGACCGCCGUGAUGUGAACAUCACGAGGGCAAUGAUCGAUGUAGAUAACUGCUGGACAGAUCACCGUCUCAUCUGCUCUACGAUGUUCGGCCACGGCCCCCAGUUUGAAAACCACUAUGUAAACAACUGAAACAAUUUCUCCAAGGAAACUAUGGUAGAUAAAAAAAAAGAAAAGCUAAGGUCAUGGUUAUCCAAAUGAGUUGAAUCAAGUGCAACUGGACUUUUUAUUCUGCAUUUUAUGAUGCAAAGUGACAGACAUGGUCAGUGACCAGUGUUUUGAUGCAUGCUCAAUUAUCGAGAAUGUGAGCAACAUCUCAUACUGCCACCUUAACCCUACUGUGCCCAUCAUCCGGCAUUAUUUGGAUGAGACUGUUGACCUGCCCCUCAACCCUCGUCUCUCCCGCAAGUCAAUUAUUGCUCUCCAGUUAGAUGAUGGCCAUGACUGGGCUAAGGGUAUUGAAGUCCUUGUAUUUCUGUUCUGGCUGGCACGUGCUGUAUAGUCAAGUCAAGUCCAUUUUAUUGGUAUAACCGAAUAUCACAAAUUACAAAUUUGUCUCAGGGGGUUUUACAGCAACACAACACCCUGUCCUUAGCAACACAAGGACAGUACACAGGAAAUUUGACAUCCCAAGGUCUACCAUCUGUGACAUCAUUAAUUGGGUCUGCAGGAAAAUUCACAACGUCUUGGGAUGGGUAAUCCAUUUUCCUAGUGCUGACCAGCUGGAAGGAAGAAGUGGGUGCUGGAUUUGGUGAAUUGGCUGGAUAUCCAGCAUUCAAUGUUGUGGUUGGCACUAUUGAUGGCUGCCAUGUUAGAAUCAAGCCACCAAAUGCCAGUUCCCAAUGCUGUAUUAGGAAACUCUUUCACUCAGUCCAGCUGUAGGCAAUUUGUGAUCACCGGGGCAGUUCAUAAACAUGUUUGUUAGAUUCCCUGGUUCAGUACAUGAUGCCUGUGUUCUGAAAAAAAAAGCCCUGUUUAUGUCAAGCAGCUGUACCCACCAGAGGGAAGUGUCUUUUGGAAGAUGGAGGAUACCUUUCCCACAUAGCAAAAUUGCUGUGGCCCAGACCCUUCCCACACCCAACACUUCAUCCGGCCCACAUACCACGUGGAAUGAUGGCACUUGGGCGGCCUGCUCCUGUUUGCCAGAUCUGGGCCAGAACCAAGCCAUAGCAAUGCCGCAUGUGCCACAUAUUUGCCAAAGGGGGAGGACCGCCUUAUUCCCACCGGAACUGAAGAAGGGCAACAUCUCGCUGAAACUCUCCAGUGUAAGAGUCUUCGACCAAGGAAAAUACACAUGUUUUGUUCCCUUACUGAACAACCAACGCAAAAACGCCAUUGUUCAUCUCAUUGUUGGUGUGGUACAUGGACCAGACCUUUCCAUUAUCACAGCUGAAAGUAGCAGAGUCACCCUGUAUUGUGAAUCCCAUGGCUGGCCACUUGAUCCCGAGAUGUCGUGGCUGGACAGCGAUGGAAAGAUCCUCAUUGCCGGGGCCACGAAGACCGUCAAAGGUCCUGAUGGCCUCUACACUCUCAACAGCACAGCAACUGUGGAGAAAACUGAAACCAACAGGUUCACCUGCAGAGUUCAACAGCAGGAGAUGAACCGAAUGAAGGAAAGACAUAUUUCUGUCCCAGGUAAUUUGUUUGUCUCAGGGAAACCUGUACAGCAGUAUUGCUGUCCUUUGGCAAUUGGAAGUUUUGGUCUUCUUGCCCUGUUUGUGGGUGUGCUGUAUUGCUUUCGAAAUAAAAUACUGGGAAGCAUAAGAGGGGUAAACAGUCAGAGCGAACCACUUCUGGACCCCAGCAGUCUGUACGAUGAAAUUCAGAAUCUUUGUAACCAAGUGAAUGCCCUGAAGAAGAACAAUUUAGAACUGACUGAUCAGUUAGCAGCCAAGGACACAGAAUUAACCCAACUGAGGGACACAGGCAGGGGGUCUAAGCAGCGACCGACCCGCGUGCACUGGCAUGAUCACACAACCAACACAAGGUCCAGUGUUCUGGAUCAUGACUUUCCAGAGGUUAGUCCCAGCCAUCGUUCUCCCAAACGUGAGAUGAAGCAGAAAAAACGGCAUCAGAUGAAAAAAUGUUCUUUAUCAGCGCCCAAUCUGCAGCUUUCAGCCAGUGCCAAUGUCUAUGAUACGCUCAAGAAUGACUAGCCACCCCGCACUUCCCAAGAAGCUGACCAGUGUCUCCCAAUGAACACUAAAAGAAAGUAGAACAAAAUUCGGACUCCUGUGAAGCCCGUAUUUUGAAAAUAGUUACUCAUGGUUGACAGCUGGAGAUGGAGAAUAGUGAUGUACCACACAGUAUCAACCUGAGGGAGGUGUCCUCUGGCAUCAGGAGGCUCAGGCAACAUGCGGAAGAAGUGUCGCUGUUCUCCGAUACUGAAUUACUCAGCGAUCACCUGGUAUGAAUGAAGGACUAAAUCACAUAACUCUCAUUGUUGCUACAUCAGGUCGGCCUAAUAGCAAAAUACAUACAAAGUGUGUGCUCAAAAUCUCAAAAUGUGCUUCAUUCAUCUCUGUUGCCGCUACUCUUAUUCUCAGCACAAGUCACUUCAUCUCCUUUUCACGUCACCUGUUUCCUCAUCUCACCAGUAUAUCACAGUGAUGCAUAACAGAAUAUGAUUACACACAGCCAUACAGACUUGCAAGCAAACACACACACACAAACACUCACUAUGGCAUACAUUUGUUGUGUGUGCAUGUUUACUAUGUGGUGCUGAUUCUACUAAACCUGUCAAGACUUAAAGAAAGAAUCAAGUCCACAAGCAGCUACUGUAAGUGGUUAUGUCUUACAUCUUUACAUUAAGUAUGAACAUGCACUAACAUUACAGUUGUGUUUACUUUUACUCACUAAACAAACUAUUUACAAACACUUUGUGCCUGCGGUAUAUAUUGGUUGCUAAGUCAUCUGUUAUGAAGAAUAUCAUUAUUUUAUGCAAUUUUAUGAUACAAUAAACAUAAAUCUAUGGGAAAAAAUGUAAAUACUUUCUUAGUUAGCCCUGAACUGCAGUUUCAGUUCGAAACACAUUCUUCUAAAUUUUCAGGCCCAUUGGCGGUGCUUGAGUUAUAGCAAUGAGUUCUGAUAUUCUGUCAGAUUAUUAACAGUGGCUAGUGGCUACUGCCAGCUGUGUUAUAAAACCAGAUCAUUGGUUUACAAUGACUUGAUUGGUUUACAAUAUCUUUGGUAACAUCAUUUUAAAAUGUAUUGCUUUUUAAUAUCUGGAUCUGUAAAUUUUUUUUGCCACUCUAACAUAAAUUGUUUGUCUUAUCAUUGAAUAUAUUCAUUAUUUUAAAGUUGAUAUACCUUGAACUUAAAAGAAAACAGAAAACCAGAAGGUUUACAAUGACAUCGACAUUGAUAACAUCUAUGUUUUUAUGUUUGAGUGCUUGUAAGAAAUGUUUGGCACUGUAAUAGACAUUGUCUAUAUCAUCAUUAAAUAUA